GCAAUGGAGUCAGGCAGGCGCAGCUUGGCCAAGGCGCUGGCGUGCCGGCUCUGGACGACCAUCAGCAAGGCUCUGUUUGCCGAGUUCCUGGCCACGGGGCUGUACGUGUUUUUUGGCGUGGGCUCGGCUCUGAGAUGGCCCUUGUCACUUCCCUCUGUGCUGCAGAUUGCCAUCACCUUCAACCUGGCCACGGCCGUGAUCGUGCAAAUCACCUGGAAGGCCAGUGGGGCCCACGUCAACCCUGCCGUGACGCUGGCCUUCCUCGUGGGCUCCCAGAUCUCCCUGCCCCGUGCUGUGGCCUAUGUGGCUGCCCAGCUGGCGGGGGCCACGGCGGGGGCUGCUCUGCUUUACGGGGUCUCGCCUGGGGACAUCCGAGAGAACUUUGGGGUCAACGUGGUCCGGAGCAGCGUGUCCACCGGCCAGGCGGUGACAGUGGAGCUCGUCCUGACCCUGCAGCUUGUGCUCUGUGUUUUUGCUUCCACCGACACCCGUCACACUACAGGCUCCCCAGCUGCCACGAUUGGAGCCUCUGUGGCAGUGGGCCACCUCAUCGGGAUCUACUUCACCGGCUGCUCCAUGAACCCAGCCCGCUCCUUUGGCUCUGCUGUCAUCGUCGGGAAGUUCACAGUCCACUGGAUCUUCUGGGUGGGACCUCUGUUGGGUGCUGUCCUGGCUUCGCUGAUCUACAACUUUAUCCUGUUCCCUGACACCAAGACCCUGGCCCAACGACUGGCCAUCCUCAUGGGCACUGCGGAGGUGGAGAAAGUGGAAGGGGUGGAGCCCCGGAAGAAAGAAUCUCAGUCCAGUUCAGAGGACACUGAAAUGGAUAGUGUGUGUCAGGUGGCGUAGAACUGGCCCCUGACCUCAAGCUUCUAAAAAGAGCCCUGAAAGUGGGCAGCAUGCUUUGUAUAACCAGACUUCAGGUUUUCCUGGGGGGCAGGGGCUUGCGAGGUAGGGUGGGGAGGCUUGGCCUCUUGUCCUAACAGGGUGGGCAGGGGAUCCCUGGCAUUACAUUUCUAAAUGGAAUCUGCGAAGGAAAUCUGCUCAGUUUCCUCCUCCUACAUCUCUUUUCAUGGGACAGAGCAGGGGAGGGAGGGGAAUUCAUGAUUGCUCUCCCCAUCUCUCAUCUGUCUGGACCCCAGUGGGGGUCCUGGGCUUCCAGGUCCCCAUGUCUUGGGGAAAAGGGAAUUUGAGCCCAGACACUCUGCUCAGAGACUGAGGGCUCUGGGGACCUCCAGAAACCCCAACUUCUCACCCCACCCUUGGGGAGAAGAGGCCUGACUUCCCAGAAGAAUCAGGCCCUAGGACAGCCUCUGAGCUCCCCGGAGGGAUGUCUCUGCUCUUGGAUGAGGACGGGGGCUGUGGGCACCCCCCCACCCCCAGACCAAGGGCUUCCUGAGACCAGAGAUUGCCCUCCCGAUAGAUCUUCAUUCCUUACUCCUCCAAAUGCUCAGCAGAGAGACCCUCCCUUGGGAAGGGCUGACACAGAGAGGAACCUUUUCUCCAGCUAGUGGAGGGGCAGGAUAUAGGUAAGGGAGGUUCAGGCCAGACAGGACUUUCUCCCCAGGUGUUCUCCUGCCUUCCACUCCACAACCCUAUUCACAGGGGCAAUCCUGAGAGGGGAAAUGUGCCAACCCAGCACUCGGUCCAUGACCUGGGCCUGAAGAUGUCUCCAGACUCAUUCUCAGCACUGCCGGGAUCCCCAAAAAGCUGUUGUGUAUGUCCCAAGGAUGGUAGGAACUCAGGAAUGACCCAAGAAACCAAGAUUUGCAAUUCAGUGCCUCUGAAGGACUACCUGAGUCUCACCUAGUUUGUUAAUAUUUACAAGUCUCUGUAAAUCUACUCUACCUGUGAUUUGGGAUCUUGUCUGGAUCUCAGCUUCCUCAGCUAUAAAAUGGGCUGUAAAAUCUCCCCUAAAGACUGAUGUUAAAACAAACAAGAGGUUGGAAAGUGUUUUUGGAAGUUAAAAUGGUAGAAAAACAAACCCAAUAAAUGAUUA